AAAUAAAAAAAAAAAUUAAAAAAAAAAUUAGAAACACAUAAAAUCGGGAAUAAAUGGGAAAAAAGGGAAAAAAAUUCCCUCCGGAUCCUGAACUGGAGUAUAAAAGGAGUUGUUCUGCAAGGAGUGGGACAUUGUGUCUUGUGCAGUCGUACCGUCAGUACGUGUGUGUAUCACCAGUACGUGUGUGUGUGAUUUCGGUGUAUUGGUUUUGGAUUACUUUCAUCUUUAUCAAUAUCAAGAAUGAGCAAACUCUAAACUACACCAUCUUCAGUAUCAUCAAUCUUCCAGACAUCAUCAACCAAGCGUGCAUGACCCUACUGGAUGAGGAGUCGAAAUUCGAAGGAAAUUCCAGCGGAUGGAGUUUGCUUAUCAUCAAUGGAUUGCUCAUCAGAAGUAGACCUCAAUCCAUAACACCAGUCAUCCAACCACAACCAGUCAUCCAACCGCCACCAGUCACCCCACUAUCGCUGCCAGUCAGCCCACCACCGCCACCAAUCAUCCCACCAGCUGAGGCCAAGACGGUUUCAAUUUGGCAGUAGCCCUCAUCACACCAAUCAGUUAAUAUCGAAUGUAUUACCAUUUGUAAUAUGAUAAUAAAGAAAUAAACCCUCAUUGGCUGAUCCACUGUCUAAAACUAACUCUCAUGUAUGAAAUAAACCUCAUUUUACGUGUUAACCAUUGAUUGAGAGUUUCAUUAAUUCAAUGUUCAACACCUCAUCCCAUAGAUAAUAAUAAUAGUAGCUCAGAAUCUUACACAUCAAUAUAGAUGUUUCCUCUAGGUCAAGACUGAAAUAGCAUAUAGUUGAAGCUAGUUAAUAGAUAUCCAUUAUGGUGUAGUGGUUAGCGGCGUCGCUUUCCAUGCUGUAGGUCCUGGGUUCAAACCUUCAGGGGUAUAGAUUGAUGUAGGGUCCCAAUUGAAAAGGUAAGUAUACAGGGUUGUAUACCAUUACACCAUAAUGGAUAUCUUUUGAUAUUUUGCAUCUUGGUCAACCUAUUGCAACAUGUCAAUAGAUAUCUUCAUUGAAAGCAUAACAACCUAAUUUCUUAUCUAUAUGAGGAAGUAGGAUAAUCAAUAAUAACAAAUGGCUCAUUACACAUAGUAUUUAUUGACAAACAUAUAAUUAAUCUUCAGUAUUGAACAGAAU